AUGCUGAAAGGCAAUGUUCAACGUCGUCAAUUUUUCUUUGAUCGUAAACAAUUCAAUCUUGAAUCACAUCAAUUGGUUUGGUUAGGUCCUUUGAUAUUAUUAUCAAUUGAGAAUCUUCGAGCAAUUAUUGAUUAUACGAAAGUGUUCGAUAGUCUGAAAGAAUGUUUAAUAUACGUUGAAAAAACAAAUCUAUCAACAACAAUCUUUUUAGUCAUAUCAUCCAAUGAGUUAGCCGAACUUCUGAUUUCACAAAUUGUCAAUUUUAGAAAUAUUUGGUCGAUUAUUGUCUAUGAUCUUAACACGAAUCAUUCGGAAUGGAUUUCAAGUUAUCCAAAAAUCAAGGGAAUUUAUAAAGAUCGAAAUCAAUUGUUAUCUGAUUUGAAAGACGACGUUUUCAAAUACAGAAACUAUGAAAAUCAUAGAAUUUCUCGUAUUUUCGAUACACAUGAAGAUAACACAACGGAUGAUGCAAAUGAAUCCUGGUGGAUAACCUAUAUAGAUAUUUUAAUUCAUUUAUCAUAUCCAGAUGGAUUUUACCAUAAACUUCUUGAUUCAUUAAGAACUUAUUACAAUCAUAAAGGUCCCGAAUUAAAAACUCUUGAUAAAUUUGAAAAAGAAUAUAAACCAGAUAGAGCUGUUUGGUGGUACACAGGUGGCACGUUGUUUUAUACUCUUUUAAAUAAUGCCCUUCGGCGACAUAACGUUGAAAUGACAUUUCUAUUUGGGUUCUUUAUACAAGAUUUGUACAAACAAAUACAAACAGAAUAUGAAGCAUUUAAGGUAUUACAUUUAACGAAACCGAUAAUGAAAGUCUAUCGUGGACAAUUAAUGUCUCGGAAAGAAAUCAACGAACUCGAUACAAAUUUCAUCAUUGUGAAUAAUAGUCUAUUUUCCACUUCUUCAAAUCGUCAAAUAGCUCUCUUUUAUCUUCCAGAGUCUCAUCAACUUAAAGAUCAUAGCCUUCAACGUAUCCUAUUCGAAAUUGAAAUUGAUAUUCACCGACGAUCACGUCCUUAUGCCAAUAUUACUCAUCUAAGUCAAUAUCCAGGCGAAUUAGAGAUGUUGUUUAUGGUUGGAACACCAUUUAAAAUUGCAAGACAAAAUGGUGUUACUUAUGAUAAGAAUGAAAACUUAUGGACGGUAAAAUUACAAUUAACUCGGGAUGAAUAUUUAAUAGACGAAAGAAUCUAUGAAAAUUUGACAUGUCAUAGUCAUCGAAUAAGAAAAUUUCAAACGACUUUAGUUGAUAGUUUACAAUUUGCAUCAAUCAAAGAUAUAAACUUAAUUUUCGAUGUUUUGUGUGAUUUAUAUUCAGGAGAAGAAGAAUGGAUCAAUGGACUUCGAUUUCAUUGUAUCGGUCGAUUUAAGAUAUGCCCUGAAAAGAAUUUUAUCGAAGCGUUUAUGUAUUACAAUAAAGCAUUGGACAUUUUUAACAAUGAUUCAACUUAUUGCUCGAUCAACAUUGGACAAAUUCAUUAUGACAUUGCUCUUUGUUAUUUAAAGGAUACAAUGAAAGAUUCAAGUAAAUAUUUAAAAUCUAUUCAUUUAGCUAUAGAAUCUUAUAUGAAAGCAAUUGAAGAAACAGUAGCAGAAAUUGAAUUAANUGGAUUAGCAUUGGUAUUCAUUACUGGACCUCAAGAACUAUUAGCGCAAGGAUACACUAUUUCACAGGAUCAAAAGAAUUUGUGUCUAGCGCUUCAAAAGUUUAAUCAAAAGGCAAAGUAA